AUGACUUCCCAGGGGCAAGCUGCCGACUACUAUUCAGGCGGCGCACCGCCCCAGCAACCUCAGGGCGCAUACUACCAGGGUCAGCCUUACGGACAGCAGCCUCCCCAGUACAACCAGGGCUAUGCGCCGCCCCAAGGACCACCACCAAUGCAGCAAAACAACGGAUAUCAGCAGAGUGGCUAUGGCAACGAGAAGCAGAGCUUUGAGCAGACAUUCAAGCUCGACAAGCCAAAGUACAAUGACUGGUGGGCGGGUCUGCUCUUCAUCGCCGUGUUUCUGGGUUAUGUUGCUGUGAGCGCAAUCUCCAUUCGAGGAUAUGCGCGAACCAACAGUGGAGGCAUCUACGGCAACAAUACUAACAAUUUCGCGCUCAAUUCCAACACGAUUAUCCUUUUCGCAUUCGUUCUCGGCAUGGCUACUGUCUUCAGCUACGCGUACAUCUGGGCGGCGCGCAAGUUCACCAAGCAGUUCAUCUGGAUCACCGGCAUCCUCAACAUUGUAUUUGGCUUUGUCACGGCCAUUUACAUGCUUUCCAGACGGUACUGGUCUGGAGGCAUUGUCUUUCUGAUCUUCAGCAUUUUCUACGUCUUCUGCUUCAUCAGCUGGAUUCCCAGGAUCCCGUUCAGUGUACUCAUGCUGCAGACUGUGAUUGACGUGUCGAAGAGGUACGGACAUACCUACCUUGUCUCGUUGGGCGGCGGAAUCUUUGCUGCGGCACUGGGUGCAUGGUACUCGGUUACACUGGUCUCGAUUUAUGUCCAGUAUACGCCGAACGGAGCAAACUCCAAUUGUAGGAACGGCGUUGGCAAUUGCGGCAAUGGCAAGGUCAUUGGUCUGCUUGUCUUUGUCACAUUUGCCAUGUACUGGAUCUCAGAGUGGCUCAAGAACACCAUCCAUGUCACCAUUUCUGGCGUGUAUGGCUCGUGGUUUUUUGCGCCCAACGCUAUGCCUCGAGGCGCAACUCGGGGUGCGUUCAAGCGCGCCAUGACAUACAGUUUCGGCAGCAUCAGUCUUGGAAGCUUGCUCGUGGCCAUUAUCCAGUUCCUGCGACAGGUUUGCUCCGCUGCUCAACGUAACGCAUCUGGCGAGGGAAAUCUGGUCGGAACAAUCCUGUUCUGUAUACUCGGCUGCAUCAUCUCCCUUCUGGAGUGGGCGGUUGAGUUCUUGAACAGAUAUGCGUUCAGUUACAUUGCACUCUACGGAAAGAGUUACAUUGCGGCUGCGAAGAAUACGUGGAGGAUGAUCAAGGAUCGCGGUAUCGAUGCGCUCGUCAACGAGUGCUUGAUCGGACCGGUGCUCUCCAUGGGCGCCACCUUCAUCGCAUACGCAUGCGCACUGCUGGCCUAUCUGUACCUCAUCUUCACCUCUCCAGCGUACAACGCGGAUGGAGGAUACACGCCGGUUGUGGUGGCUUUUGCUUUCCUGAUUGGGCUGCAAAUCUGCAAAAUCUUCACGACGCCGUUGAGCAGCGGCAUCGACACGAUCUUUGUUGCGAUGGCGUGGGACCCCGAUGUCCUCAUGCGCGAGCACCCGGACCUCUACCACCGCAUGGUAGCUGUGUACCCACAUGUCCAGCAGGCCAUUCACGCCUAG